AAUAACGUGGGGUAAGCAUUGCAUUGUAUUUCCUUUUGUUUUUACAUAUCUGGAAGGUUAAAUACGGUGCCUUGUUUACUUUUUUAAAGACGGUGUGAUUUUGGAGUACGCUGGAGGUGCGUAGCAAGAAUCAAACACUGUAUUCCAUAAUUUUAUUUACUGUUAACAAAAAGCCGGUGAUUUGGGUAGUCGACACUUGGCUGUCACCUUGUUCUGUUGAUGAACCUGAAAAGAUUCUUGUGAAAAAAUACUCGAUCUCUUACUGGUCACAUUUGAUCAGAGGAAGGCAAAAUGGAUUUCCAACACAGAGCUGGUGGCAAGACAGGCUCUGGGGGUGUGGCCUCUGCCUCAGAGUCCAAUAGAGACAGGAGGGAGAGACUGAGGCAGCUGGCUUUGGAGACCAUUGAUUUAAAUAAGGAUCCAUAUUUUAUGAGAAACCAUUUGGGCUCAUAUGAGUGCAAGUUGUGUCUUACUUUACACAAUAAUGAAGGCAGUUAUCUGGCACAUACCCAGGGCAAGAAACAUCAGGCAAACUUAGCCCGUCGUGCAGCAAAGGAAGCCAAAGAUGCCCCUGCCCAGCCAGCUCCAGAGAGAGCAAGAGUGGAAAUAAAGAAAUUUGUCAAAAUUGGACGACCUGGGUAUAAAGUUACCAAACAAAGGGACCCAGAGAAUGGGCAACAAAGUUUACUAUUCCAGAUUGAUUACCCAGAAAUAGUGGAAGGGGUGGUACCAAGGCAUCGAUUCAUGGCAGCAUAUGAACAAAAGGUGGAGCCACCAGACAAGAGCUGGCAGUAUCUGCUCUUUGCUGCUGAACCUUAUGAAACUAUUGCUUUUAAGGUCCCAAGCAGGGAGGUUGACAAGGAGCCCAAGAGGUUUUGGACUCACUGGAACAGAGAAACAAAACAGUUCUUCCUCCAGUUUGCCUUCAAACAUGACCCAAAGGCAGCCCAGCAGCCCCCUCCCCAGCAGAUGCCACCUCAGAGCAGACCAGGACAAAACAUGGCCCCUCCACCCCCCUCACUGCCACCCCCACCCCCCAGAUUAUCAGGUCCUCCUCCUCCAAGACCAUCUGGUCCACCUCCCCCUCCACAGAGUGCACCGCCUAGGGCAGCACCACCUGUAGGUUUACCACCCCCCUCAGGAGGGUUACCAAGUGGACCCCCAGGGCCACCCCCUGCACCCCCAGGUGGUCCACCCCCACCAGGGAGUUUACCAAGUGGCCCUCCACCUGGUCCUCCUCCUGGCCCACCUGCACCUCCCCCGGGGGUUCCACCCCCACCCAUUCCACCCCCUGUGUCCAUGGGGGGACCCCCACCCAUGGUACCCCCUCCCCCACCACCCCCCUCAAACCCCCCCUUCCCCCUCCGGUAGGCUAACAAAGCGAAGACAUGGUAGUACAGGGACUGUAAACCAUCUUUCAAAGAAAUACAAGCAUUGGGCAGUGCAGGGCUUCUGUUCUUGGGAACUGAAAAACGUACUGCAUAUUUUUAUUUGAACAUGAAUGAUUCAGACUUACUUCCGAAAUAGACGGUGGAAUAUACCAGAUAAUGUGAACUAGUAUGGAAUAUCUGGCAAUAGACAAUUUCGUGGUGAAUAAAAUUAUUUAGAUAUAUACAUAGAUAUGAAUGUAUUUGCUUAUGAAACAUUUUAGUUUUAACAUAAUAAAUGAUAAUCCAACUACA